AUGUGCAAGGGUUCAGUGUCGAUAAGAUGGAAGAAGAACUGUACAAUCGCACCAGGCACGCUAGAGUCAUCGAUCAUAUCCAAUCCACACUGGCGCUCAACAGCCUACACAAUUAGCAACCUCUCGUUCUGCGUACCCUUCGACUCGGUCGUUCUACCUGGCUCGCUACCCAACACCAUCACACACAUUAGGUUCACGGGCAUCUACAGCCAACCUAUCAAGCCAGGAGUGUUGCCUACCACCUUGAUCUAUCUGCAACUUGGCACCAGGUAUAUGCAUGAGUUGGUCACAGGCAUCCUCCCAGCGUCACUGACAACGCUGGAGGUGUUGUCCGAGGUGCACGUGAAUGUCCAACCUGGCGCACUGCCACAGUCGCUGCGAUCACUCACUUUGACAGGGUUCAACAAUGACUUUGAGCCUGGACAGCUGCCCAACUCGCUCACAAUGCUGUCGCUGGGCUCCUACGAUCAGCCACUCCAGCCUGGCGUGCUCCCAUCAACGAUCAAAACAUUGUACAUGGGUCAGUUCAAUCGCAAGCUGCUGCCUGGCUCGUUGCCAUCCUCCCUCACCAAGCUUACUCUAGUGGAUGGAUUCGAUCAUAGGAUUGAGCCAGGCACUCUGCCUCAAUCACUCACACAUCUAUCGUUGGACGGCAACUUCAAUCAACAACUGUGGCCCAACUCAUUGCCAUCAUCACUGCAAUCACUAAGUCUGAGCAAUCAAUUCGAUCAGCUGUUGCUGCCUGGCUCACUACCCGACUCGAUCACAUCGUUGAUGUUUGGACCAAGCUUCAACCAGCCCAUUCAGCCUGGUGUGCUGCCGGCUUCACUCACCGUUCUGUUCUUGGACGAGUCGUUCAACCAACCUCUACCCUACGGAGUGUUGCCCGACUCUCUGACCACACUGACACUGCAGGCACCAUCAUACAAUGAGGAAAUACAUCUACCUCCCUCUCUCAAGACCUUGUACUCGAGUUGGAGUGCAUCUACUCAUGCAUGCCCUUCUCUCAGCACACUCUACAUCCAUGGCGUUGGUGGCCCCAUCGACCCAACCACUCUGCCCCAGUCACUUCUCAGUCUAUACCUCGAGACUCGUCCGCUCUUGCCAGGCUCCUUGCCAGCCUCGCUCACCCACGUACAGAUAAUGAACAUUGAACAACCGCUGUUUCCUGGCUUCCUCCCAGAUACACUCAAGGAAGCAGCGCUUUACCUUGACCAGCCACUCACGACUGGAGUCCUCGGCUCGCAGCUGACCAUGCUCACCUUUGGCGGAGGAUUCAAUCAGCCUCUUCCCAUUGGGUGCCUUCCAUCGAGCCUCACCAUAUUGGAUAUGGGCUACAAGUUUGACCAAUCUCUGCCAGCUGGAUGUCUUCCCGAUUCUCUUACCAACCUGGUGUUGGAUGGCGUAUGGACAAACACUAAUCUGGUACGCGAUGUGGUACUACCUUGUCAUAUCAACUCCUUGCGAUCACGUGCAGGAUGCAUCAAGUAUCUUCCCACCUCGCUCAAGUCAUUGAACAUUGUGGAUAGUCUGUUGAGUGUAUCGGCGAUACCGAAUGCUCCACCAAACAUAUCAUUGCAAACUGUCAAGUUGUUGUUGAAGGAUGAAGCUAUAUUGCUUGCUGCUAUGAAGGCUAUACCAAAUGCCGAGACCUACCAAGUUGGUUUUACACAUGGCGCCAGAUGGCAUAUUCGACUUAUCGAUCCAGUCAAAGGAAUAGCCAUUGCCGUAAUCGUCAACGACUACAAUGACAACAAAGACUGUUUCCUCAACUACAACCUAUUCGACACAUCCGCCCCCUCCAAUGUCUCUGGAGGAGUACUUCGCUGUUUAUCGAUAAAGGCACAUCCUCUUCAAUAA